AUGUCGGAACGUGAUUUAACUGAAAUUGUAACAUGGCAACCUUGCGUCAGAAAUUUAAAUCAAUUAAUGGAUUUAUCAAUUACAUCAAUUUCUUCCUUUAAAGAUAAAUCGUUUGUUAAUGGAAAAUGGGUUAAUGGUGUUUUAAAUAAAAAAUUUGAUGUCGUUAAUCCGGCUACUGGUAAGAUAAUAGGGUCCGCGCCAAAUCUUAAUGUCGAAGAUGUUUCAGAGGCCAUCAAUUAUGCUUCGGAAGCAUUUAAAUUAUGGAAAACAACUACGCCCAAAGAAAGAUCUGAUUUACUGAGACAAUGGUAUAAUCUUCUUGUUAAAAAUGCCGAUGAAUUAGCGGAUAUAGUGACAGCAGAAUCAGGAAAAUGUAAAACUGAGGCUUUAGGUGAAGUCAAAUAUAGUAAUUCUUUUGUAGAAUGGUUUUCCGAAGAAGCUCGUAGAAUUCAUGGAGAAGUAAUUGAUGGACAGGCCAAAAGUAAACAAAUGAUUUUCAUUAAACAACCCAUAGGUGUUGUUGGCUUAAUCACUCCCUGGAAUUUUCCAGUUGCAAUGAUAACUAGAAAAGCUGCAGCUGCUUUAGCAGCCGGUUGUACUUGCAUUAUUAAACCAGCUGAAGACACUCCGUUAUCAGCAUUAGCAUUAGCUGAUUUGGCUGAUCAAGCUGGUUUUCCUCCUGGUGUUAUUAACGUUGUGACAUGCGAUAGAAAUAAUGCUCCUGAUAUAGGUAAAUUGAUAUGUACACAUGAUUCUGUAGCAGGGAUUUCUUUCACAGGAAGUACAGCUGUAGGGAAAAUAUUGUAUAGCCAGUGUUCUACUGGUGUUAAAAGAAUUGCUUUAGAGUUAGGAGGAAAUGCUCCAUUUAUUGUUUUCAAUUCUGCUAAGUUAGAUGAAGCAGUUGAAGGAGCCAUGGCAUCCAAGUUUAGAAAUUGUGGUCAAACAUGUGUAAGUGCCAACAGAUUUUUGAUUCAGGAAGAGGUUGUAGAUGAAUUCAUUUCAAAGCUUUCAUCGAAACUAGAUUCUUUGACAUGUGGGGAUGGGUCGAAACCAGGUAUUUCAAUGGGACCUUUGAUAAAUGAAAUGCAAAUAAAUAAAGUUAGUAGUUUAGUUGAUGAUGCCAUAUCAAAGGGAGCCAAAGUGAUUAAAGGAGGAAAAAAAUUGACAGAAUUGGGUAAUUUAUUUUAUGCUCCCACAAUUCUUACCAACAUAAAACCUGAAAUGAAUUGUUAUAACGAAGAGAUUUUCGGGCCAGUUGUUCAAAUCAUAAAAUUUAAAACAGAAGAAGAAGCUAUUGAAAUAGCUAACAAUACCAAAUCAGGUUUGGCUGGAUAUUUUUACAGUAGCGAUUUAAAUCAAAUAUGGAGGGUGUCUAAAAAAUUAGAAACUGGAAUGAUAGGUAUUAAUGAAGGAAUUAUAAGUUGUCCUGAAGCAGCUUUCGGAGGAGUCAAAGAAUCUGGUAUUGGAAGGGAAGGAUCUCAUUAUGGCAUUGAUGAGUUUGUUUACAUAAAAUAUUUAUGUUUUGAAAACAUAUUCGAAGGUAAAAAUUAA